GCUCUUGGUAUUUCUCUGAGAGUUUGUGACCGACGGGCACUACACCACUCAAAAUAUGGGUCAAAUAGGUCUCUAUAGCUUACUUUGCGUUCGAGAUAGGCAGGUUGUGUUAACACAAACUUUUCUUAUAAAUACCGCAAUAUUACAUAAUAAAAACAAGUGACAAAAUGUCACUUAGUUUAUUGUUAGUGUUUGGUUACGCGGCGUCGGUACAGAUGGCGACUUUGGUGACCUCGACUGCAAGAAUGACGACAAUAGAUUACACUAAAGUAACAAUCAAGGAGAAGGAACUAUAUACUCCUCCGUUGGACGAAGUAGCUAGUGUAUUGUCGAAUGGUUUAACAACGAACUUCAAGUUUGUGGAAGUGUCAGUGGCCGAUAGUCCAGACCUCACUGAACCUCCUUACUAUCUCAAAUCACCAGGAUUGACUGGCGACGCCAAGCUGGUCGAGAUCGGGGGCCCGCCGUACUUAGUGCCGCAGGUCAAACGCGACAAGAUAUACGACCUGGCCAAGCUGCUGGAACACUUGAACCGCGACCCCGCCUUCCUCGCCGGCGCUGGAGCCGGACCGUGGCCGUACCUGGGCGUGAACUGCGAGGGUAUAGUAAACCUUAGUGUCCGCAACGGUACAGUUGACCAAGGCACCAGAAUAGUGUCGGUGCACCCAGUAGGAGCGCCCAAGGGCAGCAGCGGGUACCUCCAGCAACAGCUGCCCAACGACGAGACCAGGACUGCGUUGCUCGGCAACUACCUGCUGACGGAAGGGAAACCCGGAAAGGUAAUUAAAGUGGUCGCGAAGAACCGCACGGGCAAGUCCAACUUUAUCACGUCCAUCAGAGAGACAUUGAAGACUCACUACGGAGACAAAGUUGUGGGUCUGGGCGGCGCGUUCGUGCUGCGCGCGGGCCGCGGCUACUUCCACGUGAUGCCGGACUUCUCCCGCGCGCCGCUGUGCUCCGACGCCGCCGUGGACUCCUGGCUGCACUACUUCGAGCUGGAGGCGCCGCUCACUGUCGUCGGCACGCUCGUCACGGGAGACCUCGGGCUGGACCUCCGCGUGCAGCACUUCCACGGGUUCAGCGGCGGCGGCGGGGGCGCGGGCGCGGGCGGCCACUACCACUACGACACCACCCCGGAGGACGUGCACUAUGAGGGUUACUUCACCGUCGCCUCCUCCCUCAUAAGAGUUGACCCUCCCGUAGAGACCCACACCUUCGGACGGGAUUAGUUCAUCACAAUAUUGAAGGUCCGACACCCGCGAGGACGAGCAGGGGACCUUCGAGACGGCUCCCUAAAUUAUGUUAUAAUAAAUAAAACAAGUUGAAUGUUU